UUGACUUAAAAGUUUCUCGCGGUUACUUUUGUUUGUUAAAUAUUUCUUCACGUUAUUAUAUUAUUUGCCGCUUGGUUUUUUGUGAUUAUAUUGUGAUACGAAUUUUAUUAUCUUUUUUGCUUUUCUGUUCUUGAUAAUCGACAAAUAAUUAAAAGAAAAGUUCAAGUAGUUACAAUUUACGGGAUGUUUCUUACCUGUUUGUAAAUAUAAAUUUCGUUUUAGUUAUUUAUAUCGACUUAUUUAUCAAUAAAUUUCGUUUUAUUAUUUUCCAUCUUUAUUCACAGGUACUGGUAACCUCCUUUGAAAACUUACUUUAAUGCUAAUUCGUUAACCCGAAAGUUUAUUAUAACAUGGAGUCUACAGUUUCAGUUUCCAAGGGUGUAUUUCUAUUCUCUAAGGGUUUAAAUAAAAAGCACUCCCAGAAGAAAAGUAAUCCAAAUCUUUUUGAUAAUAUAUUCAAAAAAGAACCUUGGUAUGUGACAUAUAAAAGGAAUUGGAAAUAUAUAGAAAAUAAAUUAACAGAAUUACAUUGCAAGACUUAUAGUAUGUUACUAAAUGACAUGGUAAAUUAUAUUAAUUCUUUUUAUUUUAACAAUGAGACCGAUGAAUGUGGGAGUAUUAUACCUAGUGCUACUCUCCUUACUGGUGUUAAUCAACCUGAUCAUGUGUCUCAGUUCACAGCCCUUAUUAGUAAAAUCAGGCAAGAAGUGACAUCACAUAUAGCAAUGGUAAAUUCACAAGAUGCUCCCACUUUGAAACAUUUGGUAGAAAAUACCGUUUGGCAGUUGAUUCAUGGAUAUGAAGCAUUGGAUGAUAUAGAGAGUAAAGACUCACAAGAUAAUAAUGAAAUAAAGAAAAUAAAAAAGAGUCAAUGUACAUUGAAAGUAUUAUUAAAGUGGUAUAAUUCUAAGUAUAUAACUGUAUCACCAAAGAAGAAAAAAUGCAUAAGAAUGAAGAGAUCUCUAGUUAUUAUAAUACCUGAUUUUGAAAGUUUUAAUUGCAAUGUAUUACAAGAUUUUGUAAUGAUUAUAAGUUCAUAUGUACCUGCACUGCCAAUAGUAUUUGUGUUUGGUGUGGCAACAGCAGUGUCGGCGCUACAUAAGUCACUUCCGUAUCACGUAUCAUCCAAGCUCUUGAUAAAAGUAUUUCAUUCACACUCAUCACCUGUUUAUAUGAAUCAAGUGCUUGAAGACAUAUUUUUAACUCAUACAAGUCCUUUUCAUUUAUCAGGGAAAGCAUUUGAGUUGUUGACCGAUGUAUUCUUAUUUUAUGAUUUUUCAGUAACAGGACUUGUUCAAAGUAUCAAGUACUGUAUGAUGGAUCAUUAUUAUGGAGACAAUAUGAAAGCACUUUGCUGCGAAAGAGAAAAUAUUGAGGAAACAGUCAGAAAUUUAAGUACAGAUGAUCUUGAAAGUAUUAGGCAACUAUUGUCUUUCAGGCCAUUUUUGGAAGCGCAACUGGAUUGCCAAACAAGAAUCAAUCUGUUUGAAGAUGACGAUUUCUUCAGAGAAGUACUUUGUACUGAGAUUAAUAAAUUGCAUGACUAUAUGUACACAUUUUAUGUUUGUGUCAGAUUAUUAUCGGUAUUGGUCACUGAUCUUCCGAAAAAUGUUUUAGGAAAAUCGGUUCGCGAAAUUUACACAAAAUGUGCAGUGGAAUGUGUAACUGGUACACAAGGUUUCAAAGAGUGUAUGCAAUUAUUAAAUUUCCAAUCGCAAAUGAAGUUGGUUGAAAACAUAAAACAAGCAUUGAAAAUAAUAAACGCUGCUUUACAAGUGGUCUCGCCAGUGAAACCUCUUCGGUCUACACCAACUAAAAAUAAUUUAAAUAAUAUUCAAUUAAGCAAUGAUAUUGGGGAGAAAUUCGUUAAAACUAUUCGAGUUCAUCUUUUAAUGUUUUCCCGACAAAUUGAAAAUGCCAAUACAGAAACUUGUAUUUUAACUGACAACAUUGAAAAAGGUGAUGAUAAUUCAGAAAAUAUUCCUGGAAACAGAUACAAAUUAAAAGAGAAACUACUUAAAGCUACAAGAGUGGACAAAAUACAAUCGGAAUUUGAAAUGGUGCGUUCGAGGUUCGUGAGUUACUUAGAGGAAAUGUUUAAUAAGGGGUUGCAACCGCCGCACACACAAAUAUUCCAUGAGAUAUUUUUCUUUAGCGAUGUUGCGAGCGUAAAAAAGCAUAUAGUAGGAUCCCCACGGGGUGCUUUACACACGGCUCUGAGCAACCCAAUCCAUUAUCUUCAGUGUUCUUGUUGUCUUCUGGCGUCUUCGGAGAGCGUAGUGGAUACAUUACCGGACGUUUGCUUAGCGUACAAGUUGCAUCGAGAGUGCGGCAAGCAUAUAAAUUUAUUCGAUUGGCUGCAAGCGUUCGCUGCAGUGUUGCGUCCCGAGGAUGACGAUGACCAGCGACAACAGGAUACGAAUAUUCAUAUAAGAUUCACCCGUGCUGUGGCAGAGCUACAGUUUCUUGGUUUUAUAAAAUCAUCUAAACGAAAAACUGAUCAUGUUAUGCGUCUGACGUGGUAAUAUUAAGGCGAUUAAUUUAUUUCGUGUACCAAAUAUUAAAAGUUUUCAGUAAAUAA